AUGAAGAUGCAUGGAUACAUUAGUGAGUGGGGUAUAGACUCAUCUAAGCGCGGAAAAAUGGUCUAUCGUACCGUAAAGCAGAUGAUCGCGUACUUCUAUGCGUCGUUCCGAAACACGUCGCGAACACACGUGGCCAAGAGUCUCGAUGCGAAAAUUACCGUGAACAAGGCCGAGGUCGACUGGCUCGGCUGUAAUGCAUUCUAUACUGUUCUCUUACGCAAGCCGAGAGGGUAUGCUUGGGUUCUAAAGGAGCUUCGUGGUGAUAUAGGCAGACUGAAGGGCUCCCGAUGUAGGAAGCGGUUCCGUGGGCUGUUCGCUGAAGGGCUUGGGAGCGUGGAGCAGAUAGCCUACUAG